CCAGCUGUUUUCUAUGAACUGCGUUGAUCAGUGCACACGUUUCCAAAUAAUAACUGGGUGAAUACAGACGUUCACUUUUAUUAGUGUGACGGAGAGUGUAUUAAACUGUGUGUCUUCGAAGGUGUUUAGAAGAAAUGGCACAAGCACCCGCAGCUGUAGCACCGCCAAAGGAGCGCUAUGUGCCGAACGCGCUUAAAUUCGCUUUCGGCGGCCUUGCCGGCAUGGCAGCAACAUGUGUUGUUCAGCCACUUGAUUUAAUCAAAACUCGGAUGCAACUGAGCGGUGGCAGUCGGACUUCGUUCGCAGUGGCUGGGGAGAUCAUAGCUCGGGAAGGGUUUGUGUCCCUCUACACCGGCCUCUCUGCCGGGUUGUUGAGACAAGCCACUUACACUACCACACGUCUGGGAGUUUACAAUUACCUCUUUGAUGCCUAUAAAGAGCGAAAUGCAGGUGCGGCUCCAGGUUUUGGCACCAAGACCUUGUUGGGUGUGGCUGCGGGAUCCAUUGGUGCCUUCGUGGGCACCCCAGCUGAAGUAGCUCUCAUCAGAAUGACAGCCGAUGGCAGACUUCCAGUGGAACAGCGAAGGAAUUACAAAAAUGUUGCUGAUGCACUUAUCAGGAUAGUAAGAGAGGAAGGAGUUUUGAAGCUAUGGCGCGGAGCCACCCCUACCGUUGGACGAGCGAUGGUGGUCAACGCUGCCCAACUCAGCACGUAUUCACAGGCUCGUGAGAUGUUCGUGGGCUACGUGCCCGACGGCAUCGCGUUACAUUUCUGCGCGUCCAUGGUGUCCGGUCUUAUCACCACCAUUGCUUCUAUGCCUGUUGAUAUCAUUAAGACUAGGAUACAAAAUGCGGCUAAAGGCCAGAGUCAAAUAGGAGUUGUGACGUCACUUCUGAAAAACGAAGGAGUUUUGUCUCUAUGGAAAGGGUUCUUACCAUACUAUGCCCGACUUGGACCUCACACAGUGCUGACCUUCAUAUUCCUUGAGCAACUGAAUGCGGCUUACUUCAGGAUGUCGUAAUAAUAGGGUUUAAGGAUAAAAUCGCUCAGGACCUGACUCAAGAUUCAAGCAAUACCUAAAAUAAGAUUCAACCAAUCAAAUGGCUCCAAUCGUAUGCUCAACGCAACAUCGAUACUGGAAUAUCGAUAUAAAAUAUCGGCGUCGCGUUUAUUAAGUUCAAUAGCAGCCAUUCCCAAUAACCGAUCUGUUGUUAUGGUUAGUAGAGAAAGGAAUUUGACAUGACUCGAACAAGGCUAACGUCAAGAUUCUAUCUUUAAAAAGCAAGAGAUCGAAUAUUGGGAUUGGUGGUAAGUAAAUAUUUGUCCCAGAUAGCUGAUAUCGCCAAUAUUAUGUAAUGUAUGGAUAAGUGCUUACUUAAGCGUAUCACAAUACAUCAUGUUAAUAUAUAUUUUUUUGUAAACAAUCGAUUGAACUUAUCGAUUUUAUUAUGAUCACUCGAUUAUGAUUGCGUCAUAUUGUUUGUAGUGUAUUAAGGGAAAGUGAAAAUGGAAUGUUUACUAUUUAAUGCGUUUAAUGUUUUUCGUAUGGAACUGUGCCGUUAUGAUCAUGUGUACAUUUUAUUUACUUUUUUAUAUGUUACCAAUCUUUUUACACCUCUUUGACACCGGCCUUUUUUAAGACAAUGUGAUCACUGAUCAUGUAUGAUGUACUGAUAAUGUAGCUGAUCACUGAUCAGCUAAUCAGCCAACGCCUAUAAGUGUAAUUUAUAUCAAUACAAUAUAAUAUCCGAUAAGGUAAAUUUUAGAAAUCAAAUCACUUUUUUUCUUAUUUUAUCUACAAGAUGUGUCAAGAUAGUUCUCACUUGAGGACGAGAGCAAACAAGUCCAGUUUACCGGCCGACUGUUAACUCACAGAGUACAUUAUCUAUUUGCUAAUAACUUGGACAGAUAAGACCUUGCUUGCGUAAUACUUGACUCUUUGCAGCGUCAUUUUACGUGACCGAAUGUUUGAACAUUCAAACCAAUUGUUUCCAUCUCAGUUUAUACAUUUUCUUUAAUUUCUACAAGUCCUCAAAACAUAAGAAUAUUUUUAAUGUCUCCGAAUGUUGGGAUAUUCUUUAAAUAAAUCCAGCAAGUCAAGGUUUCUCUGUUGACUUUUCAGUCGUAAAGUUGCCUCUCAGUAACAAAAUAGCUGCAAAUAAAGCUACCUUAUUAUUGCUAGGUAACGCGUCAUAUUUUUAUAUAAAACAAUACGCAAGUUACCUACUAUAAAAACAUGGAAAUACAUAGAAUGUUUUGAAAAAAAGUUCCACUCGCUAUCUAAUCAGUGUCGGUACUAAACCUUUUUAGGUAAUCUCUAUCAAUCCCCCACUUCACUAUUUUUAUCAUGGGAUCCCAUAAAUUGAGUGCUGAUCGAAUUUCACCUUAGAUAACCUAAUUUCAGAUAGGGAAAUACACUUGACGAUAAGGUAACGUUUUGGCUGUCCAGUACAAAAUAGAUCGAGUGUUUUUUGGUACCUACUAGUGUAAUGUGGGGCCCAUAUUAUUAUUUUUUGAGUCAUUUUCAAAUGAUCACACUAUUUUUUAAUUGAAAAAACUGCUUGUAUCAUCCUUUGUGAAUGAUAAAAACAAGUUACAUUAAAGCCCGAUUUUAUAAUUGCCAGACAAGUUUAAUCUGAAGAAUAUGUUUGACGUUUUGACAGCUAGACAAUAUGUCAAACCGCCAUAUUUAUUUCUCGGAUGAAAGUUGACUGAUGAUUGAGAAAUCGGUCGUUAUUGUGACAAACCAGCGUUGUUUUAUUCCACGUAAACUUGGAAGGGUUAAUGUAUUUAUUUUUGAAGCACAUUUCUGCUUUGUGCAUUGUUUUUUAACAUAUAACUUAUAGUUCAAUCUAAUUACAGUUUGUUAUGCUACUUUUACAUUUCAAUCGUUAAUUUUAAGUUUAAAUAUUUUUGAAGUUUUUUUUUUCGAAGUGUAUGUUUUUUUUCGUCAUGUUUUUUGAUAACUGGUAAUUUUGUAUUCUAAAAUGAUAUGUAUAGAUUUUAUUUUACAAUUACGUGCUAUAAAGUUAUUUAGGUUGUAUGAAUUAAUCUUUUCUUACAAGACUUUUAUUUUGCAAUAAUAUUUAGCACAAAAUACCACCUAAGUUCGACUUAAAAUCUUAGAAACAUUUGGAAAAACUUACAAGCAAUUAAAAUGAGAUUAAAAUUGUGUUUUGUAUUAAUUGGCACGAUUGUAGUUUAAUUAAAUUUAGCUUUUAUUUUAUGUUCAAAAUGAUAUUACAUUAUGUUAUAUGUGUUUAAAAGUUUAUCCAUUCAUAUAUCGUAGUGCAAAUAUAUAACAAUGCUGCUGAUUUAUUUCUUAUUUAAGAUAUAAGUAAGCUUUAGCAAUUACCACUAACAUUUACACUUGUUCUACAUAGAUAUAACAGUACAAUGUGAUAAAAUGUUAUUUAUAUAAUAUAUUUUUAUAUUUAUAUAAGCUCUUUAUGAUUUGUGACUAACAUGAGAUACAAUGUUGUUAUUCGUUAAUAAAGAACAUUGUUUUUA